GCCCUUUAUCAUGUGGAGCCAUUGGCAAUGAAUCACUUCCACCGCCACUGGCGGUGUCGACUCGGGGUUGUUAAGUAUACAUAAGACUGAUGGUGAUACAUUCCCCAAUAUAAUGUGGCUCAUACAAUCGUGGAUUCACAAACCGCCACGCCUCACGGACACUUUUUCAAACGUUAUUUCCCUUUGCAACCCCGACCCGAGUAGGCAACGACCCCCCCUGACCGACCCAACAAGUCAGAGGUCGAAUCGUCUUCUGCACCCUCCAGUCGAGAUGACACGAGAGAAACAGGAAUCAGCUCACGUCAGCAAUAAACGAAUGUGCUCGGACCAAUCUCCGGCCGGCGAGGAGAGGGAAAAGGAAGAUAGGUUCGCAGACCUGGAUGUCACGCACGCACAGCGUAGAACCCGGGGAGUUGGGCAACGUUUAGCAUUAGGUGGCCAGGUGGUCAGUGCGCUCCAGCGACGCAAAGGGAUGGUCUCAACAUCGUGCCACCAACUGUGCGUGCAUUAUGGGAAGACAGAAACGCGGGAGGGAGAGGGAAAUAUAGAGAGCACGGUGUAAUAGAAGGGGAGGGGACAACAGCCCACUAUACCCAGCUGCAACUUAUCACAUAGAUCGACAGAAAGGAUAAUACAACGUGAGAAAAAUGCGUUAUUUCAACAGCGUUUAUGAUAGCGGAGAAGCGAAACGGACGGUAAAUGCGGGUA